UCACAGUGUACGUUGAUCUCCUCUUCUAUAUUAUGAUGACAAACAAAUAUUUAAGAACUGAAUUGAGCAGUUAUGAGUUUCGCUGACUCUGGUUACCGAGCUUAUAAAUAACCACCAAAAAUCAAUCACCCUGGGGUGAAAAAAAAAUGGUAGGAGUAAUAACAGCGAUGACUUCGAGCCAGCACAGUGUCGUAUUCUUACAGAUAGGUUCCGCACUUUUUUACGGAAUAUCGUCACUGAUGAUUACAGUUAUUAACAAGACUGUACUUACAUCUUACAAUUUUCCUUCGUUCCAAAUACUGGGCAUUGGUCAAAUGUUUGCAACCAUACUUGUCUUAUUUGUGGCAAAGAAAUUACGAUAUGUGGAUUUUCCUGACUUAGAGGUUGGAACUUUGAGGAAGAUUUGGCCUUUACCUAUGAUUUACAUUGGUAACAUGAUAUUUGGAUUGGGUGGCACAAAGCAAUUGAGUCUUCCGAUGUUUACUGCCCUUAGACGUUUCAGCAUCCUAAUGACGAUGAUUGCAGAAUACUAUAUACUCGGAGUACACGCUCGUGCCUCUGUUCAAUUCAGUGUUUACACUAUGGUACUUGGUGCAAUAUUGGCUGCUUCGAACGAUCUUGCCUUCAAUCUAGAGGGCUACGUUUUCAUUCUGUUGAAUGAUUUUUUUACCGCAGCCAACGGUGUGUAUAUGAAGAAGAAAUUGGACUCAAAAGAGCUAGGAAAAUAUGGUUUGAUGUACUACAACUCGUUGUUUAUGGUUAUACCGGCGGCAGGUAUAGCGGCGUGGUCUGGUGACGUGCAAAAAGUUUUGGAAUUUGAGUACUGGACUAAUCUCAUGUUUCUUUUGCAAUUUUUAUUAUCUUGUGUAAUGGGCUUUGUACUAUCUUACAGUGUGAUAUUAUGCACUCUGCACAAUUCCGCACUAACUACAACAAUUAUUGGUUGUUUGAAAAAUAUAUGCGUCACUUAUCUCGGAAUGAUAAUCGGUGGCGAUUACAUAUUCUCUUGGCUCAACUUUGUAGGAUUGAAUUUAAGCGUCAUCGGUAGUUUAAUUUACACUUGGGUAACAUUCCGGAGAAAGGAACCCCCUGAAUUGCCUAAAUAUUCUCCUCUGAGAGUCGAUGAAACGGAUAGUAAAAUUCAAAUACUUUAAUCGUUGGGUGCUUUUUGAAUUCAUACAUAUACGUUUUAUCAAAGGCUAUGACUCGAAUCUAUUCAAAUUUCGGUUGAGUCUCUAGUUCUUGUGAACUUGUUGCUAGUUAAAUCUUAAUUCAUGAAUUACCAAAGCAGAGUUACUGUUACCAGGACAAUUUUGUGCCAUAUCACAGUGGCUCUUUAUUUUAGGCCAAAAAAGAAUUUAGUUUUUCCAUGAUAAAUAAAUUUAAAUAAGUACUGUACAUUAUUAUGAUCACUAGCAUGACCAUUUUUUGUUGUUACUAUUAGUGUUAAUAUUAUUAUUAUUAUACAUGUAUACAAGAAAAUAAUUGUACAAAAAAAUAAUAAAUUUUAAUCAUUGAAU